GCUCCGAGCGGAAGCGAUCCGAGCGGCGGCUGUUGCCGCGGUCGUUGCCGCGCCUCGAGGAGCGGGCAUGGCGGACGAGGCUCGCUCGCUGCUCGGCGGCAGCCCGGCCUCUAGCCCCGUGCUGGCCGGGCGAGGCCGCGUCUCGUCGUCGUCGUCCUCCUCCUCCUCGUCGUCCGCCAUCCCGCCGGGUCACAGCUUCCGCAGGGUGACCCUCACCAAGCCCACCUUCUGCCACUACUGCACCGACUUCAUCUGGGGGCUGGCCGGCUACCUGUGCGAGGUUUGCAACUUCAUGUCCCAUGAGAAGUGCCUCAAGAAUGUCAACAUACCUUGUUCAUGUAUUGCUCCCAGCCAUGUAAGGGUUCCAGUUGCACACUGUUUUGGGCCUCCAGGACAUUACAAAAGAAAGUUCUGCACAGUGUGUAGAAAGUCACUGGAGUCACCUGCCUUUCGAUGUGAAGUCUGUGAGCUGCAUGUCCACACAGAUUGCAUCCUGUUUGUUUGUAGUGACUGCCGGCAGUGUCACCAGGAUGGGCACCAGGACCACGACACUUACCAUCACCACUGGAGGGAGGGAAACCUUCCCUCAGGAGCUCGUUGUGAAGUUUGCAAAAAAACCUGUGGCUCUUCCGAGGUGCUGUCUGGCAUGAGAUGUGAAUGGUGUGGCAUGCUGGCUCAUGCUGCUUGCUAUGUAGUUGUCACACCAGAGUGCACCUUUGGAAGAUUAAGGAGUAUGAUUCUUCCUCCAAGCUGCGUGCAGUUAUUUUCUCGCAACUUCAGCAAACUGCACUGUUUUCGAAUAUCAGAAAACCUGCAAACGGAAUCAGAUGAAGGUGAUGAUGUUGAUGGGUCAACACAGGGACCAGCUAAAGAUGUCCAAAUUUCAACAGAUUCAAGUAAACAAACAUUAAAGAUAUUUGAUGGGAGCGAUGGAGUGAAACGCAAUCAAUUUCGACUGAUUUCAGUUCCAAGGAUUGCAAAAAAUGAAGAAGUUGUGGAAGCUGCUUUGAGAGCAUACUAUAUAAAUGAUGACCAGCAGGAGUAUGAGCUGCAGACCUUUACGCAGCAGGCGCUGCUGUCUGAUGACGUUAUCAACAGGAACGAUGCUGCAGAGGACAGCAACUUGGGCUCAGUAUUCCGUGAAUCUGUUCCUGAAGCUUGGAUUAUUAGAGCCAAACCAAAGGAUGAGGAGGUGAUCAGAAUUUAUCCUGCCUGGCUGCAGGAAGGAACGGCAUACAUUUCUCUUCGAGUAAACAGGGAUAGCACUACACAGACUGUGAUCAAAGAGGUGCUUCCAUUACUUGGAAGGCAGGCGGAGUGCCUCCAGAACUUCAGGCUGGUAGAAGUGCUUAUGGGCGGUAAGCAAGUUCAGCGUAUGGUGUUGGACAGUCAGAAGCUGAUUCUAAACAGACUCGAAGACAUAAAAAAGAUUUCAAUACGUCAGAUGAAUCAAACGAGGUUUUACAUAGUGGAAAACAGCAAAUCCACUGUACAAGUAAAUGUGUUUGUUGGUGGGCUUCCACCUCAGCUUUCUCCUGAAGAGUACAUGAAUAUUCUCAAGGACGAACUAGCUAUCAAAACAAAUGUAGUAUCUCUGAGUCAUGUUUAUCAAGCACAAGGUGCUGUUGUACUCGAAAUCUCAUGUUUUUCUGAAGCUGAAAGGAUAUACAUGCUAGUUAAGGAUACGACUAUCAAUGACAAGCCUCUGAACGCUGUGGUGAUUCCAGAAGUUAUGGCUUCCAAGAUACCACAGAACUGCUGGCCACUUCUUGUAUUUGUGAACCCAAAAAGCGGCGGUCUGAAAGGUCGGGAUCUGUUGUACUGUUUUAGAAAGCUGCUGAAUCCACAUCAGGUCUUUGAGCUUACCAAUGGUGGUCCUUUGCCUGGGUUUCAUACGUUCUCCAAAGUCCCCUCUUUCCGAGUGCUGGUGUGCGGAGGUGAUGGCACUGUGGGCUGGGUUCUUGGUGCGCUGGAGGAGAUCAGGCACAAGCUGGUGUGCUCAGAGCCUUCUGUUGCCAUCCUGCCUCUGGGAACAGGUAAUGACUUAGGACGGGUCUUGCGCUGGGGAGCUGGCUACAGUGGGGAGGACCCCUACUCCAUUUUGAUUUCUGUGGAUGAAGCGGACAACGUUCUGAUGGACCGCUGGACUAUUCUCUUGGAUGCUGAAGAGCCUGCUGAAGGUGCAGAGAAUGGCGUGGCAGAACCUGAGCCCCCAAAGAUUGUACAGAUGAACAAUUACUGUGGUCUCGGCAUUGAUGCAGAAUUGAGCUUAGACUUUCAUCAUGCUAGAGAAGAAGAACCAGGGAAAUUUAAUAGCAGGUUUCACAACAAAGGAGUUUAUGUGAAAGUUGGGCUGCAGAAGAUAAGCCACACCAGGAACCUUCAUAAAGACAUAAAGCUUCAGGUUGACCAGCGAGAGGUAGAGCUACCAAAUAUAGAAGGACUCAUUUUUAUUAACAUACCCAGCUGGGGGUCCGGAGCUGAUCUCUGGGGCACUGACAGUGAUGACCGCUUUGAGAAACCACGCAUUGAUGAUGGCUUGCUGGAAGUUGUUGGUGUGACUGGCGUUGUUCACAUGGGUCAAGUCCAAAGUGGUUUUCGUUCAGGCAUCCGCAUAGCCCAGGGAUCAUAUUUUCGUGUAACACUCCUAAAGCCAAUUCCAGUUCAAGUUGAUGGAGAGCCCUGGAUUCAAGCCCCAGGACAGAUUAUUAUUUCUGCUGCAGGACCAAAGGUUCAUAUGUUGAAAAAAUCCAAGCAGAAAAAAAAAACUGGAAGCCUGAGAGAGAUGAGAGCAGAUAGAAUGUCAGUAUGCGAAGGAGGACGCUAAAUGGAGACAUGUGCUCAGAAUCAAUGCAGCACAACUACUGUAGAUUCAAGACAGUUCAGCAAAACUGAGUGCAGACAACUGGUGAAGAAGCGUUGUUGAUGAGUGUGCCUUCAUUACAUUUUGAUAGUACUGGGUUCUUCUUAGUCUUUCAGAGAUAGUGCCUCUUUGUUACAAGUAACUGUUAUGUACCACUUGCCUCAUUUGAGAUGUUUUCUUUGGGUUGCUCUUCCAUAAACCGUUGCCCAGUUUUUUAUGUAUAUGGACACCGAGGCCAAACAGAGAUUAUGAGAUGCCAAGAUUUCUGCUUCUGCUUUCACAAAGACUCUUCCCGUCCUCUCUGCUUUUUCAUUUAGAAAAUUAUUCCAUAGAAAAACUUGAUGCAUCUUUCCAUAAAUGAAACUGUGUUGUUUUAAGUUAAUGCCUACAGUAACCUCCAAAGCAAAAAAAAAAAAAAAAAAAAAAAGGUGAAGACAUGAGCUGCUGAGAACUCCUUAGGUCAGUCCAAAUAGCACAGCUGAAACAGCACUACCUUAGAAGAGAGAAAAUGAAGAACACAGGAGAGAUGAUUUCUCUAAAAGCCUGUUCUACUAGGAAGAAAGGAAGUACUAGAACAGUUGUGUCUAGCUAUUUCAGAGAGUUUAUUUCAACAGCAGUUGGACAGACUGGAUUAAGGGCUAACAGCUUUUAGAGUAAAUUAUCAGUUAAAGUUGAUAACAAAGCCUGUUUAAAAGGCAUUUGAAUUUCAGCAGCUACCACUCUAAAGUAGAAAAGGAGCAAGAAUACCUGAGGCACUAUUGCAGUAUACUGACUGUUUUUUGUCACCGAGAGCAUUAUCUUUAACAGCAGGCUUUUCUUCUUGUCUUUUCUUGUAUUAUCUCACGUUCACUUAUUUGUUGGACUAUUAUUUAAAAGCUGGCUCCAAGACUUGUAACUGAUCAGUGUAAAGCAAGUACCAUUUAGUGUUCUCUGAAGUGAAUUAGUGCAGCGAUAGAGCAGAGCUGAAGUGAAAUAGAAUAGUUUCACUCAGGAGUUUUAGGAAGUACUAAAGCCUGUAGAGCACAUGUAACGUUCAGUAGGGUUCAGGAGAGUGGGAAUAUGAUAUCUGUCAUGAAAACUCACCCAGUUAGCUUUUUUGUGUACAGUACUUUGUGGGUGUUGUUAGCAGUUGUGGGCCCAGCGACUCAGUGACUUUACCUUUUCCCUGGGAUGAAUGUGUGUUCUUCUGAGUUCAGCCCUCUCUCAUCCCUGUGAGAUUGACAUCACCUCUCUUUGCCUACCUGCCUACUGCUGCUGCAGGGAUCCAGCAGCUCUUUCAUAGCUUUCUGGACCUAGAGCAGAUGCAUUAGUCCUGUACUACGCUACAUAUAUCUGCUGUCUGUGUCCACAGUCAUGUUGGUCUUGUCACACUUUGGUUCUACAGCAGCUGAACCUUUCCCUUCAUGCAUAGUGCACUGUGCAGGAGGAGGCAGUCUGGUUCUUCAUCUCCUGAUCACUAGGCAUGGGAUUGUCUCUGCUUCAGAACCUGGACAGGAAGGAUCCACUGGAGCUCCCGUGGCAUCCUGGUACCAACAUUCCAAGCAGCAGGAGCGUGUUGUACUUCAGGCUGUGCUUUCAAGCUCAUUAGUUAGAGAAGAAAUCUUAAAAACAUUGCUGCUAGUAGUUGUCCAGAAAGCUGGAGGAUCUGCUUUUUGUCCUUGGGGUAGCUGAAAGACUGUAUGGUCUUUCCAAUUGCUGACUCAAACAUGGAGAGGAAAUCUUUGCUUUUUGUUACAGAGGACACACAUCACAUGAGCUUUUAAGCUUGUUGGUACUGACCGUCUUCUACAGCCCAAGUAAAUAAUCCUGCUUGGCUGUUUUUCUAGACACACAUCAUCCUGCAGCAUGUAACUGACAGCACUGUGUGUUCUUGGCUUGCUAAGGGCCUGGCUGUCUCUCCCUGUUGCUUAGUAUCUGCUAUCUGAAAUAGCAUGAAACUCCUGGGUCACAGUAUUUUAAUCAGAGGGCCCCAUGCUGUGACAUAUCCUUCCGUGGGGAUUUUCCAUCUCUGUAACAAGGCUGACUCAGGGCAGUGUUGUGGUAGCAAGGUGACACAAAUACAGCCUUGUUCUAGCAGCUGCCCAAGUGGAUCCUGCUGAUGUAUACAAAGGUUUUUAGUCUUCUUCUUUCCUUCUCUUUUUUCCAUAAACUGAUUCCCGCAUGUUGUUUGAAUAGAUUAAGUAGACGAGUGCCAUGCUGGAAUGAAAAUGUAUCUUAAGAAAAACACAUUUGGCAUUUAUGGUCACUCUGCAUCAUAAAAUGAUUCUUAGUAUGUUUUGAAGGCAAAAUAGAUUCCUGGGCAGUUGAGGUAGGAAAACUCUUGUAAAAUUUUUAAGAGAAGAAACUCCCUGUUGAGCAUCUCUGUUAAGCUGUUCCAGUUUCAGGUACUGUAAAGGUACUGCGUAUCAAAGGGAUCAUACAUUUGUUUUUCUUAAUUUCUAUUUUUUUUUUGCAUUUUUAUCACACUGUGUAUCUCAAAAGGCCUAAUCUUUUCUUCCAUAGCCUGUAAAACUUCCUUGAAGAGAGGUGCUAACUCUUUACACUUAAUAUGAAACAUCUUGAAUUAGCCUUUACGUUGAACAUAAUGAGGCAGUACAAUUAAUAUCACAGUGGGCAGAUAUAUGGUUCUGAGAACUGAGUGGAAAGAGGAGUGCUGUAUGAGUGCUUGCUGAGAACCUAGCUUUAGACAAGGCAGUAAGGAAAGCAUUGGGAAGGAGCCUUAUACUGCCCAGACAGGUGUUGAUCAGUCAGAAACCAUAACUGUAGACAGAGAAGAAGCACAGUGCUGUCCAGGCACACUCCUUCAUCCUCUCUCUGUCCCAUCUUCUCUUUUCACCCACAGCCAUGUCCAGCACACACAGUACUGCUAGCAUCUCCUGCUCAGAUGCCACCUCCUGACACCUCACUUGGUGUCUUACCAAGCUUUCCUAGCAUGGAGAGAGAGAGAGAGGCCCUUGAAGCCAUAGUGCAUUUCAAGUGUCCUGGUGCAGCAGACAAGUAAGAUGGUGUCACUUGGUCAACAUCUGCUUUUAAAUGCAUUGCCUCUGUUCUGAAUUAGGAGAACAAAAUUUGAAAGGUUAUCCCUGAGAUGUAGAUACUGCAUCAGAAAAAUUGAUAGUUUUUUCUCCCAUGAAUUUUAGACUUGAUUUUUGUAGUUUAAAUUGCUGAUGCUUUCACUGUAUUGAUUUUUAUAUGAAAAUGGGGUAUCUUAUCAAAAACACUUUAUGUGUGUGUGUGUUUACAUAUAUGCAUAUACAUACACACACAUUCUUAAUACAGUCUUUAUUAAUGUCCCGUAGUAGUGUGGUUUUGCAGCUUUUGCUGUGUUGCAGCACUGUGAUAGCACUCUCUCGUGCACCUUUCUCUCACCAUUGUGGUCAGGAGGCAGGGCAGCUUUCCUGCUGCUCCCUCCUGGGCUGCCAGCAUGUACUUGUAAUGGACAUGUACUUCCAAUAUGUUACGACAGCAAUAGAGCCCAAGCACAACUAUGUUCAGAGUACAGUAUCUGCAUGUGUUCCAUCUGAGCUCCUCAUGUUUUUUCUACAUUUUAAUCGUUUAGUGUGUUUCACAUCAACAGCAAUGGCUGCUGUAGUGUUUUAAAAGCCAGAAGCUGUGGCAUAGUCAAUAUAAAUAAGGAACAAAACUAAAUGAACUGCUCCAGGCUGUUGCUCAUUAAUUUGCAUAGUUACCCUCUUCAAAGUACUGCACAGAUUGUGUCUCUUUCAAAGUGCAAAUAGUGCUCUUGUUCCGAGUAUCAGCUCUGUGGCAUCACUGAAGGCUCAGGUGUGCAUGUUACUUUGCAGUACAGCCUGGUGGCAUGUAAUUGUCUCUGUACCAAAUGAAGCCUCUUUCUGUGGGAGGAGAAUGUAAGAUGAACUGUGGUGGCACCAAGAAUGCACUUCUGUUAGAGACGGAGCAGAUGUUGCUGCACUGGUGUUGUACAGUGUGUGAGCAGGUAUGUCAUGCAUUGCAUGGCCACAAGCCCACACCCCAGCACUGAUACUAAGAGAGCAGUCAGGAGUCCUUCAGUCUGCAUCCCAUACCUCUCCUGUACCACCACGGCAGUAAGCGUGCAUCUUCCCCUCCUGCUAAGCUGUUGUCCUGCCCUUUGGACUCGACCUUUAUGCUGAAAGUGGUGACAGAGGCACGAGUGCCGGGUGCUCUGUGUGUGCAGAGGAUGUGGGAAUGGGCUCAUGCUGUACUUCCAUUUCUGUGUUAGCUUUGGCUCCAGCCAUUUCACAGCUGUGCAGCAAAGGUUCAGCAGCUGCUGGGAUUCACAGGGUAGCACCGCCUCAUUUUCAGCCCAUGACCCUGUGUUCUUCAGCGCGUGUAUCAUUUCAUGUACUUUUUGCACUUAGCAGAAAAGGUUAGAUAGUCUUAGGGUUAGAUAGGCAAGUUAGAUAAGCUUAGGGUGUAGCAAAAUGGCAGUGUUUGUACUUUUUUGUAAAUAUGGGGAUGAUUCUGCAGAUCUAAAGAUGCACUUUCAGGUAAUGGUGAACGCAAGUUGGUAGAAUGCAACUGUUUAAAACUUCAGGAGCUUCUCUGACCACAGUGCUCCUUGGUCCCCAUCUCUGAUUUUGUUCUCAAGAGCUCUGCUUGGGAAUGAGAUGGCAUCUUCCCCACAUCACAGUAUGUAUUUGUAUCUGACUGAAAGUUCACGUAUAUUUUUAAACAGUUACAAAUUGGCUGCUAGUCUAAGGUUUAGGCUUGUUAGUCUGAUUUUAUAAUGCUUUUAAAAGUAAUGUUAAGGUUUAUUUAUAAUGUCUGCAUUUUCUGACUUGACACUUCCUUGGCUUGUAGGAGAGGUCCAGCUCAGAGCCUCUGCUCCUUUGCUGCUAGCUGUUUUGUUCAACAGUGUAGCCACUUUGUGUAUGGAAUGCAGUGAAACAAAUGCAGUUCACUGAUUUUUACCUGCAGCCAGUCCAGCAGCUUCAGUGUUUACAGGACAGUGACUACUGAUUGUAAACCCACCCACAUCAGUUGAUGCCAUGCACCCCUUUUGCAUCCUGGAAGCGCUGUUUCUGCUUCCCUUGACAGUUAACAAAAUAGUUGCCUUUUGGUUUAGACUCCUUGCUAUGUCCCUUUAAAGAGAUUUACAUCUGGUUAUGACUUUCCUGAUGUGGAUUCACAAGACAGACUUCGUACUGUUACAAGUGUUGUAUUGAACUUGUUUUCCAGAAGAUUGACUUUAUUUUUUGUGAAGAUAAUUUAUCACAAUGUUUAUAAGCAAUUCAGCAUUGUUAAAGAGGUUGGCCCAAAGCCCUGAAGUAAAUGUAUUAAAGAUGUAUUACAGAGCAAAGUAUUUUUAGUGGGACAGUGGUGUUGGUGUCGCUACCCCUCUCAGUUCUCCUAGCAACACUUCCAUUUAAUAUGUCACCCUGGCUCAAGUGUGUUGCUUAGGAGAAAACUUGAUUUCAGGAGAUGUGGCUUCAUUUACAUUGUGCAUAUCCCAGUUUGCCUUCUGGCAGCAAUUCCAAAUGUAAACACCAGCUGUAGCGGGCUGAACUUUUCCCCAGUACAAAUCACUCAGUUAAAGAGCCUGCCCUGGUGCCUAAUGGCAGGGAUGCAGCAGGUCUGGUGACCGUCUGGCUCUUACAGCUGUCUGUCCCUGUCCAAAGGAUGUGCCACACAUUUAUCUCUUUGCUUUCCAGAGGAAAUAAGGCUCAAACCUGAUCCUUCCCUGUGUCGAACAGUUGCAGCUUGCCUAGCCAUGGCAUCUCUUCCUUUGUGCUGCUGAUCUUGCCAAAGUGGGUAGCAAGAGGUGCUUGAAGAAUUACUGAAUAUUUAUUGUGUUACUUUUAGGUGCUUAUGAUGCCUUCACUGCUACUUUAAAAGAAAACUGUGGGGAUCUGUAUCAUAGCAAUAGCUGAAUAACUCUAGCUUUCUGAACAUGCCAAAAAAAGUAAUUCUUGAGGUAGUUGAAUUAGCAAUGUUGUAGAUAGUAGCAAUUAAUACCUUGAAGAAGCUGCAAGUUCUAAUUAAUAGGAGCAUCUCCGCUUUGAAUGUAAAGCAUCACAGCGUUUGUCAUUCACUAGAGAAUUCAGUGUUCCUCCUAUUUGCAAACCACCCAUGACACCUUAACUCUUCUCAGAUUCUAGCUUGGCUACUGCUUAAAUGACUGUAUUUCACCUCUUGUCACUUAAAUCGGCCAACUUCAAGCGGAUUUCCAACGAAUGCCAUUUUGAUAUCAAGAUACUUUUAUGUGUCCAGUAACGUAUCUUGUGAAUGUUCUAAUACAUUGGCAACAAAUGGGGUUGGCCCAACGAGAUGAGGUAAGCUGACCACCAAACAGAUUAGCUAUUGUCUAGUGCUUACUCUUUGUGCACUUUCCGAAUAGUUCUGGAAAAAUAAAAAAAUAAAAAUAAAUAAAGCCUAAGUGUUAGCAUUCAAGUGCUCAAAAACCGUUUCCACGUUGUGUGCCUCAAACUAGUAAUGCAUUACCACACCUUUACUUGUGCACUGGUCUCAGAAACAGAGUUUUAACAGUGUAACUUGUUUCUCAGUGUCUGCCUUGCAAAUCACUAUGCUGUGCUAACUUGUCUACAAAUAACAUACCUAAUGUACUAAUCGGUUUAAAAGAAAGUUAUUUAUAUAAGAUGGGCUUUCCUCAUGUAUUUAAACAUCUCUGUCCUUGAGUUAUAUUCGUAGAAUAAUUCUGUAUAUAUUUUGCAAUAUGUUUGUGUUUGAUUGUACAUUUUGCACUGAUUUGAAAUUGUGUAUUCUAAGUGUUAUUUACAAGUUCCAGAGAUCUAUAACUAGAAUUCGUCUGUGAAAAAUACAUCUGUUCUGCCCUGGU